CUGGAGCAGUAGGAGGAAGUGUGGUGUUGGCCCCUGAUAACCCACCCGCCACAUCAACUGAUUUAAUUCAGUGGCAUGUUGGAACAACCCUUAUAAUGACAACACGGUCUGGUUCAACUAUAAUAGUCCCAGCAUACAGAAACAGAGUCAGUUUUGACAGAAACACUCUCGCUCUGGAGCUCCGGAAACUGAGACUGGAUGAUUCUGGAAAAUACAGUCUGACUAUAAUAUCUAGUACUGGAAAUCAACUUAGAGGAGAGACUUCACUACAAGUGUUCGGUGACGAUCUGCAGUUUUCUGAGCCAGCUGCUGGAGAAGUAAGAGGAAGUGUGGUGUUUACCCCUGAUAACCCACCCUCCACUUCGAUUAAUGCACUUCAGUGGCAAUUUGGAACAACUACUAUAUUGACAGCACUGUCUGAUUCAACUAUAAUAGUCCCAGCAUACAAAGACAGAGUCAGUUUUAACAGAAGUACUCUCGCUCUGGAGCUCCGGAACCUGAGACUGGAUGAUUCUGGAAUAUACAGUCUGACUGUAAUAUCUAGUACUGGAAAUCAACUUAGAGGAGAAACUUCACUACAAGUGUUUGAAAAUAUAACUAAUGUCAGGCUUAUUGGUCCAAAAAAACCAUUAAUAGAGGGAAAAUCAUCUGCUAACAUCAUCUCUCGUGGAACUGGCAGCAUCACCUCUGUGCAGUGGAUGAAAGAUAACAGUCCUCUGUCUCCUAGCAACAGAAUAAGAAUUUCAUCUGAUAAAAGAUCACUAUUCAUCAGUCCAGUGCGGAGAUCAGACAGUGGAGAAUAUCAGUGUACAUAUACAAACCCUGUCAGCUCUGGGACGGCGAAACUCAGCCUGAUCGUCAACUAUGGACCAGAUGAUGUUUCUAUUCAGGAUGUGGUGGAUUUAGGGGUUCGUGUGUCGCUCUCUUGCUCUGCAAAUUCUCAACCUUCUGCCUCAUUCAGCUGGAAGUUUAAUGGAUCAGACACUGGUGUGACCACAGACACAUUCACCAUAAAUCAGACUGAUUUCACACACAGUGGAGAUUAUGAAUGCACAGCUUUGAAUAGUGUCACAAAGAGAAGUGUCACACAAAAACAUGCUUUACUAGUUAAAGUAGGUGGCGGAGGAGGCUGA